GUGCUGCCGGCGGCGCUGAGGGGUCCCGGGCAUGGCGGAGAGCCUGAGCCCCUGCUCCCCACGGGGCCAGUGCCAGCCCAGCAUGGGCGCCAACACCUCGUCCGCCGGCAUGGACACCAACGCCUCCUCCUCGGUGGUGGGCGGCAGCGCCUGGAGGGGCCGGGAGCCCUUCUCCAUCUUCACCGUCCUCAUCCUGACCCUGCUGGUGCUCCUGACCGUGGCCACCUUCCUCUGGAACCUGCUGGUGCUGGCGACCAUCCUGCGAGUGAAGGCCUUCCACCGGGUGCCCCACAACCUGGUGGCCUCCACGGCGGUGUCGGACGUGCUGGUGGCGGCGCUGGUGAUGCCGCUGAGCCUGGUGAAGGAGCUGUCGGCCGGGCGGCGCUGGCGGCUGGGCCGGGAGCUGUGCCUCGUGUGGGUGUGCUUCGACGUGCUGUGCUGCACGGCCAGCAUCUGGAACGUGACUGCCAUCGCCCUGGACCGCUACUGGUCCGUCACCCGGCAGCUGCAGUACACGCUGCUCGCCCGCCGCCGCAUCUCCAAUGUCAUGAUCGCUCUCACCUGGCUGCUCUCCGCCGCCAUCUCCCUCGCCCCGCUGCUGGGCUGGGGCGAGACCUACAGCCCCGAGCAGGAGCGCUGCCAGCUCAGCCAGGACCCGUCCUACACCAUCGUCUCCACGGGCGGGGCCUUCUACCUGCCCCUCUGCGUGGUGCUCUUCGUCUACUGGAAGAUCUACAAGGCGUCCAAGUUCCACAUGGGCGGCCGCCGGAGGAACGCCGUGGUGCCGCUGCCCGAGGCUGCCCAGGUGAAGGAAGCUUCACAGGAGCCACAGAUGGUGUUUACAGCUCGUCGUGCAGCUAUCACUUUCCAGACAGAUGGAGAAACAUGGAGAGAACAGAAAGAGAAAAAGGCAGCUCUGAUGGUUGGCAUCUUAAUUGGAGUUUUUGUACUGUGCUGGAUCCCUUUCUUCAUCACAGAAUUAAUAAGUCCCCUCUGCUCCUGCAACAUCCCGCCCGUCUGGAAAAGCAUCUUUCUUUGGCUUGGCUACUCAAAUUCUUUCUUUAAUCCUCUCAUAUAUACAGCAUUUAACAAAAAUUACAACAAUGCCUUCAAGAACCUUUUUGUAAAGCAAAGAUAAAAGAGGAAACAGAGGAGAAAAUGAUUAUUGCAUAACAGAUUUCUUGAGGGAAACGUGCCUGUGAUACGUACAGUUUUCAUGCUACAAGAGCUACCUGAGGGGAUUUAGGAGCAGUGAAAAAGAAGAUGGAAGAUGUCUGGAUAUAAACCUACUGAGAGUUUACUGUUCCCCCUUAGAAAUACAUAUGUGCUACGCCAGUGUUUGGCAAAGAAGGUGGAAGCAGGGAAUGCCUCCCGCCUGCUCUUCGAACCACGCCACGCUGGGGGCUGCCAGGGGAGCGCUGUGUGUGUCCAGUGCCGUGUCUGUCACACCCAGCGCGGCUGGUCCCGCCCAGCCAGCGCCGCGCCCUGCCGGAGCCUCCUCAUUAGCACAGCACCCGUGGGGGCUGCUAAUUGAGUAAUACUGGCGUGUCUGAUAUGGGCAGGAUGCUGGCUUCGGCUUUCAGAUUUAUUUUGGAAGGGAAUAAACAGGCUGCAGUCAAUCAGGCCUUGAGUUGAUGUGAAAUUAAAGCAGAUGACCAGGCAGCUCAGAAACACACCCUGCCAGGACUGAGGGCUGUGUGCUCUGCCAGCAGCUGGGCUCGAUGGGCAGGCCUGGUCAAACAGGGCUCAGCUGUGUCCCCUGGAGUUAAGUGAAACUUAAGAGUCAAGUAUAGAAUUAUUCAGAGCCCCCGUGCUUGCACAGGAGGAUCUAGUGAGGAUUUUUCACUUAUGUUGUCCUCUCUCACCAGGCUCAGACUCUCCCUGUUUUAAGAAACCUGAGUGAGCUCAAGAUAGACACCAACACCUCCAAGUGAGCAGGGACUGUAUGCAUGGUUAUUUCAUGCUACCAUAAAACUGAGCAGCCAUCUGUGUUGCAAACACCAAAUGGGAUGUUCAGUCACACCAGGUGUGCUGGGAGCAACAUGUGGCUGCUUGGCAGUAGUGGAUGAGUGCCUGCACCAUGUCUGGGGCCCUUGCACCAUAACUGUGCUCAUCACCCAAGCUGGGUGCAGUCCACAAUUUGUCAGCUGGCACCAACUUAUUCCUCCUGUAACAAAGGUGUUGAUGCCAUCAGGUCUGACUCCCCAAAACCCAAAGGGACUCAAACCCAAGCCUUUAAUCGUUUUCCCAAGAUCUGACAAACCAUCUGACCCAACAGUAUGUACAUAAAUAGUCUAUUUCCUUGCAUACUGCCAAGUCCAUCUUGCUCCAUAUUUGUUUCUCUGGUGGGAUUCACUUCCUCCCCUGCUCUGAGUGGGAGAGCUGACAGCAUCUCUGAGUAUUUCUGGGAUGGCAGCUUUUUACUGACACAGAGUCCCAGGAAGCUCAAGGGAGCUUGGCUGCAUCUCGGGAGCACAGUGAUGGUGAGGUCAGGCAGUGCUGUAGCUCACACCUGCAGUGCUGUGACAGUCCAGUGUGACCUGCUGUGCCUGCAGCCACAGCAUAUCUCACCUUCCUGCAGAGGAUGCUUCUCUCAACUUCAGUGGGAAUUCAGAAGUUUUAAUAACCUAGAAUUUAGAAGAGUUGUUAGAAAGUGACUCAGACUUAAAUAACUUAAAAUUUAAAUAACUUUUAAAUAACUUUCCCUUGUGACUCCCAACUUGCCUGAAUAUGGAAUAGCUACAAUUCAAACCAGUGUUUGGAGGCUUAAUUAAACCAGAAGGAAGGCACAUAUGUAAGAGACUAAAUGUAACUGAAACCUGCAGCUUCAUUGAGAACCACUGACAAAUUUUUCAAGUUAAUUGAUUUUUUUCCUAUAGGAGAAGAAAUGCUCUAAAACCUUUAAUACCUUUAAAAUUCAAACAGAUGACAUGGAAAGAAGAAAUGCAGAGGUCAUCUUGAGCUGGUGUUCAAAAGCAUACAAAUCUUCUGCAUGUGGCACUCCUGAAGUUUCUAAUAAUCGUGGUUUGGGCAAAUUUUACUCUCUCAGCCUGGUAAGCCAAGCCAUUACCACCACACAAAUCCAAUGCCAGCCCUGGUGCCCUGGCCCAUCCCAGUGUGGCUGCAGGAGCUGCAGUGAUCUCCAGCUGCACAUUGCAACUGACUGGAGCAGCACCCAGCUCCAGUUCCAGAACCUUUCCCUGAAGCAACACGGGCUGUGAAGGCACCUUCUACCUUGUCCUGGCCUCUGGAACUUGGGAGAACACCCCAGAGCUGCAGGGCGCCAGGUGCAAGGCACUGCUGCAGACACUGACCUGCAGCAGAGUGCCUGCAGCAAGCGGGAGAGCUGCAGCAGGGCACUGACACAGCUCUCCUCCUCCUCAAGGAUGAAUUUAGCUCCCUUAGGAGGCGAGGCUGGGCCUCUGGGAUUUUGCUGUGAGAAGUUCUGACGAUAAGCAGCCAGUGCUCUGCCCACCCAAGCAUCUGUGCCAGCAGUGAGUGUUACAGUGACAGGCUCGCACAGCCGGCCUCGGUACAUGCCCAGAGGACACGAGAGGCAAGCAGAGCUUUCAUUUCAUUACAGUGCAUUUAGAAAGCUCUUCACAAAACCAACUUCUCACACUGGCUCUAAAUGCAGACUGCAUUUAGAAGAGUAGCAGCACAUAUUCAGGAUUUAAAAUCUGGUUUUUUACUGUGGGGCAAAGAAAAUACGAUAUCGGCAGUUGCUUAACCUGCUGCAUGCUCCACUGUGAACUAAGAUAAAUGGCACAGUAUCUUGACUAUCCCAACAGAAAAGAAAUAAAAAUCAGGUAUUCUAAAGGGACAUCAUUUGGAACAGCUUAGAUGUUAUGGUCAUUUAUUUCUCCAAUUGAAGCUGCCAAUUUGGAGUACACCAAUCAUCUCUGCUGUAAGCAGUGGACUACUAGUUUUAAACUAUUUCCUGACACUGAAUUUGCUCCUAGAAAAACUUACUGCAUCCUGCAGCAGCUGUGCUGUGGGAGCCCAGAAUGUGCAGAAAUUAAAGGGCUUUGGAUGAUGAGUUUGAGCAGACAAUGCUAAUAACCCUAAAAAAAACAUUAAGUUUUGCUGCAAAUGCUGUAAAUGUUACUUUACAAGCCUGGUAACACUAAAUGAAUUCAGGGCAAGACCUUUCUCUUUCAACAAGGAAAUCCAGCAAUGCUGAAGAAAAAUUCUGAGAAAGUCUCAGUUCCUCGCUAGCAACCAGCUGAGAUGGAGAAUUAAGGCAGAUUUCUCCCUGUUGGUUCCUCCCCAGGUAUGAGGAGAAAUGUGCCAGAAAGCAAGGAACAGCUGAUGGAACUGCUUUCAUACCCUCACCAGCCUCCUUUCUUCUCCUUUUCACAUGGGCUUCACACCAAAGGUAGUGGCCAUUUGCCUUGGGCUCCAUCUACAGCAGAUAGUCAAGUAUGAUCUGGACUCUGAUUUAUCCUUUGUGAGCAACAACUGAUCUUCACAAACCUCAGAUUUAUAUCAAAAAUUGCAAGCUCCUAGUCAGAUCCUGGGCAGACUGACUUUUUGAACAGAUGCAAGAGGAGCAGCCCAGAUCCAUUCUCUCACAAACCUUGGGGGUGCAAGGUUCCAGCUGCCUCAGUGGGAAGGUUUUCUUUCUGUUUGUGCUGAAGGAACAGGACAUCACAAAAACAGUGACUCAUUUGACUAUGGACACCAUUCAUCUUUUAAUGCACUUGGAAUUCAAGAGCCUGGGAAAGCUGCUAAGCUGGAGUUCUUCAGGAAGAACUGGCUUUCAGCUUGGCCAGCAGCAUUUCAUUCUUACGGCAUUCCUGUGAACAGAGAGCAAACACG